UGCUUCAGUAAUCGGUUACGGAACGAAACGGCUGACGGCUCGAAGCAGCACCCACAUAACCUCACUCUUUGAUUACACCUUGUUCUUACAUCCAAAAGAUUCAAGUCAAUUGCAAAGGUGCUCUUUAGCUCGUAUAAAAUAAAACAUGUUUCGUUUUGGAGCCAGAUGUUCCCUUAUCGUCAGGAGUUUCAGCACAAAGCACGAUGAGAUCAGCAAUCUUGUUAAAAAAAAUAAAGUAGUUGUCUUUAUGAAAGGUGUGCCAGACCAGCCAAGGUGUGGGUUCAGUAACGCUGUAGUGCAGAUACUACAAAUGCAUGGUGUUACUUAUGAUGCUCAUGAUGUUCUUAAAGAUGAGAACCUCAGACAAGGUAUAAAAGAUUUUUCGAAUUGGCCUACAAUACCUCAAGUAUUCAUAAAUGGCGACUUUGUGGGUGGCUGCGACAUACUUUUAGAAAUGCACAGAAGUGGCGAGCUCGCUGAAGAAUUGAAAAAAAUUGGAAUUUCAAGUGCUCUUCUGCGGAAAGAAGAAUCUUCCUCAGGUGAUACCAAAGGAUCCACGGAAUAGGUUCAAAUUAACUGACUUGUACAUAAGCAAAUGACUGUUUCAUAUCAAUAGUGUCUCUUUUAUUGUAAUAAACGUUUUUGUUAAUGUUCAUGGUA